CACAGCUUGAAGGCUGGGAGAAUAGGAGCAGAGGUUAAAUUCAGGUCCUUGGGCUUACGGAGGUCAGAAAGGGUGGGGAACGUGAAUCCGGCGGUUCCCAGUGCCCGCACCCCAGUCGGCGCGGCUGUGUCCCCGGCGGGCGAGGGGCGCUGCCCUGGGGCGGGCCCUGAGGCCCGAUUCCCGCGCGGGGCGGAGCGACCCCGCCCGUGGCUCCGCCUCCGCCUGGUCCCGGCACACCUGGCCGGCAGGUAGCUGGCGCCCGGGCGCGGUUCUGAGGCUGUCGGGGUCUGCGAGCGGCUCGGCCCGUCCGCCUAAGGGAAGCACGGCAACGGAAGCCAUGGACCCCGGCCUGGGGGCUCCGGCGGCAGCGGAGGGGCCGCUCGCACCCCGGCACCGCCGCCACCACCGCCCCCUGCGUCGCCUGAUCAGCCGCUUCCUGCUGGAGCUGGGCAGCCGCUCCCGCCCCGGGGACUCGCCGCCCGGGCCGCAGCCCCAGUCCCAGCCGGGCCGCUGCGACGGCGACGGUGAGGGGGGCUUUGACUGCGCCCCGGGCCCAGCUUUAGCAGCGCCUGGGAGCCCCGGGGAGGAGAGCCCGCCGGGACACCAGCCCCAGCGCCCCGCCGGCGACGGCGCGCGGCCCCCUGGCGCGCAGGGCUUAAAGAACCACAGCAACACCUGUUUCAUGAACGCCGUGGUGCAGUGUCUCAGCAACACCGACCUCCUGGCGGAGUUUCUGGCGCUGGGCCGCUACCAGGCGGCGCCGGGCCGCGCCGAGGUCACCGAGCAGCUGGCGGCGCUGGUGCGCGCGCUCUGGACCCGCGAAUACACGCCCCAACUUUCCGCGGAAUUCAAGAAUGCUGUUUCCAGGUAUGGCUCUCAGUUCCAAGGCCAUUGCCAGCACGACGCCCUGGAGUUCCUGCUCUGGUUGCUGGAUCGUGUGCACAAGGACUUGGAGAGCUCCUGCCGAAGGCCAGUGCCCGAGAAGAUUCAGCCUGAAGGCAGUAAAACCUCUGAAAACCUCCCAUCGCCAUCGGCUCAGCUUUCUCUAAGUCAGAGUUUUGUGCAAAGCCACUUUCAAGCCCAAUAUAGAACAGAUCUUGGAGAGGUGACACCUGCCUUAUAUGUUGCAAAGACAUCAGUUCCACGGCUCAGGGAGCAGGUGGAGUUGGCCGGGUUUGAGGUGCAAGAUGUGUAUGCGGCAGCAGCAAAAGGUCAGAGUGGUGAAACGUGCAUCGUCAAAACCUGGGGCUCGUUUCUGGGCCUUUGUACAGUGGAAACCAAAGCAGUUCUGAGCUUUGGUAGCACUGGCCAGGUGAUCUUGGUUGAACUGUAUCCCAGUGGACUCCAGCGGUCUUUCUCUGAUGAAGAAGACCUUAAUACUAUUGCAGAGGGCGAUGAUGUGUACGCCUUCCAAGCCCCUCCACCAUCUGGCCAGGAGACGCUCUCAGCAUGUCCAGCUGGCCUGGCAGUGUCCCCGCGCUUUGCAGUCCGUGGUGGUCAGUGGUCAUGCCUGCCCGUCCAUUGUGAGAACACGGUGCUGAUUCUCUUCUGUAACUUGGUGGGGUCAGGGCAACAGGCCAGCAGGUUUGGGCCACCUUUCCUAAUAAGGGAAGACAGAGCCAUUUCCUGGGCUCAGCUCCAGCAGUGCAUUCUCAGCAAGGUCUGCUAUCUCAUGAAGGUGAGUCCACAGUACAGAAUCCAGGUUUCUCUGGCCUGCAGCUACUUAUCCCCACAGGACAGCCAGCCCCUCUGUCACUGGGCAGUGGACAGGGCUUUGCAUCUCAGGAGGCCAGGAGGCCCCCCACACAUCAAACUGGCCGUGGAGUGGGAUAGCUGUGCCAAGGAGCGCCUGUUCGGGAGCCUGCAGGAGGAGCGGGUGCCGGAUGCGGACAGCGUGUGGAGGCAGCAGCAGGCUCAUCAGCAGCACAGCUGUACCCUGGACGAAUGUUUUCCGUCCUACACCAAAGAGGAGCAGCUGGCCCAGGGCGACGCCUGGAAGUGCCCGCACUGCAAAGCCCUCCAGCAGGGCAUGGUGCAGCUGAGCCUGUGGACGCUGCCGGACAUCCUCAUCAUCCACCUCAAGAGGUUCUGUCAAGUGGGUGAGAAGAGAAACAAGCUCUCCAUGCUGGUGAUGUUUCCACUCUCUGGCCUCAACAUGGCUCCCCACGUGGCCCAGAGAAGCACUGGUGCCAGGCCUGGGCCAGGCCCCUGGCCUUCCUGGAAGCAGCCAGCCUGCGUGCCCACCAGCUACCCACUGGACUUCCUGUACGACUUGUACGCGGUCUGCAACCACCACGGCAGUCUGCAAGGUGGGCAUUACACAGCCUACUGCCAGAACUCUCUGGAUGGCCGGUGGUACAGUUUCAAUGAUAGCACGGUGGAGCCACUUCUAGAAGAUGAGGUCAGUACCCGAGGGGCUUACAUCCUGUUCUAUCAGAAGAGGAACAGCAUCCCUGCCUGGUCAGCCAGCAGCUCCACGAGAGGUUCCACCAGCUCCUCCUUAUCUGACCACUGGCUGCUCCAGCUAGGGAGCAAUAACAGCAGCACGCUGGGAAGCCUGUUGUCCUGGAGCUCUGCCCCCGGCACCUCCCGGCUCCAGGUGCCUGACACCCCUGUCUUCACAAACAGCCUCUCCAGGCAGGAAAAGGGUAUGUUUCAUCAUGUGGGUUAAAGAACCCAUGUGUGA